UUAAAAAUGGAAAAACAAGACGUGCACUUCAGACAUAUUUUAUUGUAUUACUUCCGAAAAGGCAAGAACUCAUCGCAAGCACAAAAGAAGUUAUGUGCCGUAUAUGGAAAUGAAGCCUUGAAAGAAAGGCAGUGCCAAAAUUGGUUUGCCAAAUUUCGUUCUGGUGAUUUUUCACUGAAAAAUGCUCAACGAUCUGGCUGUCCAGUUGAAGUCGAUGAGAUCCAUAUCAAGGCCAUUAUCGAUUCAGAUCGUCAUAGUACAACACGUGAUAUUGCGGAGAAGCUCAAUGUAUCGCAUACAUGCAUUGAAAAAAAAUUAAAAAUGCUUGGUUAUGUCAAGAAACUCGAUUUAUGGAUCCCUCACCAGCUUAAGGAAAUUCAUUUGACGCAACGCAUUAGCAUCUGAGAUUCGCUUCUGAAACGCAACGAAACUGAUCCAUUUCUGAAAAGCCUAAUUACUGGCGACGAAAA